AUGCUCAUCGAUCUCCGUGCUCUCUCAGACGUGCUCCUCUCACUCCAAGUGACGCGGGGGUCUCCACCAUCUGCUCAUCGCACAUGCUCUCUACCACAUGCUCUCCUCCCCUCUCCCCCUCACACACUCAUCAUGCCCCCCAGUCCCUCUCGUCCGCUCAUCUCCACUCCGCUUCCCGUCCCGAUCCCGCAGCUUCCACUCUCCGCACGACUCUGCUCCUCUCUGCUGCCUCUCUACGACAAGUCCUCUCUGCUGUCUCUAACCGCAUUCUCCCCAUACGUCUGCUCUCCUCCCUCCUGCCCUAACCCAACGUCCCGCGGACACGCAUCUCUGCUCUCAUCAUCCCAGCUCUCCACAUCAAUUCUGCUCUCACGUUGCUCCAUCAAGCCGCGUGCACUCAUGCUCCCGGCAAUGUCGACUCUCAGUCUCUAA